CAGGAGCACCAACCCAACGACAAAAACUAAAAAUCUAUUCAAGUCAGGUGACGAGCCCUUGUGACAGAUCUUAUUCCUUAAAAAUAUUAUAAAAAUCCCCAAAAAACAUUAAACAUGUCGAUGCACACAUUAGCCAACAAGGGAAAAUUGAUCAGCGUCAUCGGAGAUGAGGACACCUGCGUCGGCUUCCUGCUGGGCGGGAUUGGUGAAAUCAACAAGAACAGACACCCCAACUUCAUGGUUGUUGACAAAAACACAGCAGUCAGCGAGAUCGAGGAGUGCUUCAAGCGCUUCGUGAAACGGGACGAUAUUGACAUCAUUCUGAUCAACCAGAACAUUGCUGAGCUGAUCCGACACGUGAUCGACGCCCACACCGCGCCCGUGCCCGCUGUGCUCGAGAUCCCCUCGAAAGACCAUCCUUACGAUGCUAGCAAGGACUCCAUCCUGCGUCGUGCUAGGGGCAUGUUCAACCCCGAAGACUUGGUACGCUAAAACAAAUUUAUUGCAUGGUAUUGUUGUCUGCGCAUCAGACGGCACGUGUAUAUACGCCAGCUGUUUACCAACAUUACGAACUAACUACUAAUGUCAGCCAUCUACAUAAAGCGUGUUCACUACGUUUGAUGUUCAACAUGUCGAUCAAUCGAAUUAUAUCGUCACUAGAUUGAUCACAAAAUCGAUACAUAAAAAAAAUACUAUGUCAAUGUAUCAUCCAGCAAAAUAACGACGUAAUUGUAAUAUUCAAGAAAAAAUAUAAAUUCGGAAUUGUUUAACUGAAACUAUACAUACAUCUAUGGUUAUUCAGUCUGUCGUCUUACAUCUACUGGAUUUAACUAUAAAAUUUUAUAGCUGGCACAGAAGAACGUUUUGAUAGCUAUAAAAAACGUUAAUUAGAUCUUUCUUCCUUUUAAGUCGCCAUUUUGUUGAAGCGACAUCUAUGGGUCUUGACAAGAACUUGUCAUAAAUUCGCGCCAUUUUCCAACAUGUUGAACAUCAACGGUGUUACACGGCUUGACAGUUUUCAGUGUGCAAUUUUUUCAACUAAAGCAGUUCACUAAUACAUUCCACUUCCCAUAAACAUUUAUUUUAACUGUUACAGCGAAUGUUCCCGUUAUUUAAUGUGAUAAAAAUUAUUCAAAAAUGUAAGGUUGGAAGUCCAAUAAAGUGGCUCGCACCAUCUUGAAAUUUCGAUGUGUUAAAAUUAUUUAAUUGAAUGUAGGCACAAAAUAUAUCUAUUAUUACAUAUACUUAAUAUUAUUCAAUGCGACUUUAAUGUGUUUCCAGCCUAAAUUACAGAGUAUUAAUUAAUCAUUGUAUAGAUUUGUUGAACUUGUAUUAUAGAAUAUAAAAUACCA